UUUUUCCCCCCCGGAAGUCAUUGAACGCCACAGUGCCAUUGGCUGAUGUCAGCUUUUCCCAGUUGCCUGUAAUGAGUUACGCAAACUUGAGUGCCGGGAAUGCAGCCGCCGCUCCCACCUGAGGUUAUCCGAGAGCUGGUGUGUUCCUGUCUGCUCAGAGAUCCUGUGGCGGCCGAUCUUCGCUGCAGCCUGUUUGUUGCUGCUGCCCAGAACUACAAGAAGGAUUCUUUGCUUCGCCCCUUCCCUCCUCGCUAUGUAUACGACGACAUUAAAGACUUUGAUGCAUUGUUGGCAGAUGUGAACUCCUUUCCAGGUGUGAGAGAGUUAGUACGACUGCAGCCAGGAGAGGGAGAGCACCAUGUGGCCCUUGCACACUGGAUCCUCUCUUCCAAGAGCUUUGCUGUCAAGACACUACAAAGGGACGAGUUCGCCAAACUUUGUGCCUUGACACAAAGCGCCGGUGUUUCUGCCCCUGCGCCGGAAUUCCUGUUUGAGCUGGAGUACUGCGACCAAUUGAACGCGCGCUUUGAACGGAUGAGAGAGGGCAGGGAUGUCUUCUACGCCUUUCACGGGAGUCGCCUGGAGAACUUUCACUCUAUCAUUCACAACGGGCUACAUUGCCACCUCAACAAGAACUCGGUGUAUGGCGAGGGGACCUACCUCACCAGUGACCUCAGCAUGGCUGUCCUCUAUAGCCCCCACAGCAGCGGUUGGCGGGAAAGCCUACUGGGGCCGCUGCUCAGCUGCAUCGCCUUAUGUGAAGUCAUCGAUCACCCGGACGUCAAGUGCCAGGUGAAAAGGAAAGACUCAGAAAUUGUUGACCGUCAGCGCUCGAGGGCCAAGAACAGCGAGGCAGGGGAUGUGCCGGAGAAGUACUUUGUGGUCACAAACAAUCAGCUUUUGCGUGUUAAGUACCUGCUUGUUUACUCUCAGAGGAAACACAUGUCCAGACAUUCCCGCAACACCUCGUGGUUCCUCAGACACCACUUUGCCGUCAUGAUGAGUCUUUAUCUUCUGCUGCUCAUAUUUAUCGGCACGUUCAACUCCAACACGUUCACAUCCUUUUGGAACAGACGCUUCAGCUGACCCACCGCACUAAUACUGACUCGGUUUUUAUCCGCUGUGCCUUCAGCACUGUAACAAGACGCCCAUUGGCACCUUGACUGCACAUUUUGAUACUUUUUGUUUUCCUGCAACAGGCAUUUUCUUCUGAAGGUAAAAACAUACUCUGUGACAGUACAUAAAUAAAAAAAAAAAGGAGCUUAAACUGAGACCAUGUAGCAUGCUGUUUAACCCCAAUCCAUAUGUUGUCAAAAAAUAAUAAUCUCGCCCACAAUUUCUUUCCCCAAUGUGAUGUGUGCGCACUCAGGGCUGACAAUAAGGUCAAGCGGCCAGACUAUUCAAAACCUGAGUCCACACACUGGCUGUCAAGUUGCACUUAGAAGAAAAGGUCAUGAUUCCAGAGGACACAGUUAAGUUUUUUUAUGCAAUGUUUUUCACUUGUGUGACAAUUGAGAAAGUUA